ACUUGUAUCUCCUUGUUCUCCCAGAUUGGCAGAGACAUUUAUACAAAGGUCUACACUUAGACAAGAUCCUUCACAAGAGAUUUUAAGGACAUCUUCACCAAUUGAUAUAUUAUCAAACCGGACUAGUGAUGGUAUAUACCGAAGUCCAAUAUUUAUUAGAAGAGAAGUUUUAAGUGAUUCACCAAAUUCAGAUGAUAUGUGGAAUGAUGAAGACAGAAGUAGUCAAAAGUCUGAAGAUGUGGAAGAAGAAAAGGAAAUUGUAAAUAGUACAAAACCAAAUAAUCAGAACCUCAGUAUUUCAAGUACACUAUUUAAUCACAUUGAUUUUAAAAGCAAUAUUAUAAGUGAAGAAAAUAAUUGUAAUAAGUAUUUGUCAUGUGCAAUUCCAGAUCAUCAUGAAGAUAUCGGUUCCAAUUUUUUAAAUUCACAUAAAUGCUCGAACCUUGUGCCUAAUGAUAACUAUGAAGUUCAAAGGACAGUGAUAUCUGAUCAAAAUAAUUGUAUUGUGCAAAGUGAUUCAGGUGAUUGUGUGUUAAAUGCUAAUGAAGAAUAUUGUAGUGAUUUUAAUUCACAUGAUACAAAGCAUUUUAAGAACAUUUUAAAUUCAGAAAGCAAUGGGAUUGAAUCAACAUCGCAAGAUAAAUUUAAGCAAGAGACAGAAGAAUCUGUAUUUGAUGAAAUACAAAAGUUUAAUCAUAACUGUAAAACUGAAACAGAGGAACGUAUAGAACUGCCAGGGCCCGUGAAUGAAAAUGCUGUUUUAGAAAAUGUCAACCAUGAAAAUAAGGAAAAUGAAAUAGAACAUAAAAGAUCAUUUAGAAAAGGUUCACAUGUUUCUUUUGCAGACACUGUAACUACAUUUGAAACAGAAGGACCUGAGAAUGAAGAUAACAUGUUGGAGCCUUAUGAAGCUAUUGAAGGCUCGGCAACUAUUGAAUGUAAUUUAUCUGGAAUAAAUGAAUCUUCUGCUUUAGUAGAAUCUCUUGAUUUGAAAAAGCUGAAAGGAAAAAAAGGUGUUGAAUUGUUAACUGCAAUUGAAGAGCAAACCAAUGUAAAAAUUGCGCAAAUGGGUUUCUCUUCCAGUUGUGAUUCUAUAGCAAUUAAUAAUGAGAAGGAAUUUCCUAAAAGAGCACAAAGAACACGUUCUGUUGAAUCUGCUCUUCCUGAUAUUCAGGAAAAACAAAGGAAAGGAAAAGGGAUAAAAAGAGCUCGAUCAGCAGAAUGUCAAGGUUCUGCGCCAUUUAAAAAAAUAUCUAAAGUUGAUAUUAAACAAGGAAGAAAAACUAAGAAGCCGGAAGUGCCUAAAAAUAAUAUUAAAGAACAUAAACAUGACAGAAAAGAGGAUAAAGAAAAGAGCUAUUCGACUAAAGAAAAAAGAAAAUCAGAAUCAGAUCCCAAAGGUAAAUCAUCAAAAAGGUCACUGAAAUGUUCUAUUGGUAUACAGGCUAGAGUUUCUAGGGAUAAUUCUAAACACUACAUUAAACUUUUGGAUCCUAGGCCUUAUCUUAUGAUUGAUGGAAAUUAUACUUAUCCCCCUUCUGAUUUGAAAUUGAAAUAUCGACGUUUCUUUCAUAUAGAAACACAUUGUAAUGGUGGAGCUUUAAUUUUACAUGCCUAUCAAGAUGAGAUAAGGCACCUAAGAACCCACGAGAUGAAAGAAUUGGCUUCUGAAUUUUUUAAACUGGCAUUCUCUGAAGAAGGAGGUUGGGCUAAUUUUGUAAUGGCAAUCGUUCAUGGGUCUGCUUCUUAUUUACCCGAUUUGUUGGAGCAUAUGGCCCAAAAAUACCCACAUUUAACUGUUAAAAAUGGGGUACUUAAUAGACCAAAUGACAUCGAAACUACAACUCUGGCUUCCUAUAAUGAAAACGUCAUUAAACAUUAUGAUAGUGGGACUGUACGGUAUGGACCCCUUCAUCAAAUAAGUUUAGUAGGCAUUGCCCAUGAGGAAGUAGGUGGAUAUUUUCCAGAACUUUUGGAUAAGCUGGAAGAAAAUAUUUUCCUUCAAAUGACAAUGCCUUGGGGACCUCUUUCUGUUGUACAUAUGAAUCGUCAUGAAUCAAACGACGGGCCCAUUUUAUGGUGUCGUCCAGGUGAACAAAUGGUUCCGACAGUUGAGAACUCAAGAACUCCAAUCAAAAGAAAACGCACUGGCAUCAACGAGUUGAGGAACUUACAGUAUCUGCCACGUCUUUCAGAGGCUCGCGAGCAUUUGUUUGAGGACCGAACGAAAGCUCAUGCGGACCAUGUAGGCCAUGGUUUGGACCGCAAAACUACCGCUGCUGUUGGAGUACUGAAGGCAAUACAUGGUGGAAGGAAAGAUGGAAACAUCAAUCGAAUUACAAAAGACGUCGUAGCUUUCGAUGCUAAAGAUUUUGAUGUACUGUCUGAAAAGUUGCAACUAGAUUUACACGAGCCUCCGAUUUCUCAAUGUGUAACAUGGAUUGAAGAUGCCAAACUAAACCAACUCCGAAGGGAUGGUAUCAAAUAUGCCCGAAUAGCUUUACAUGAUAACGAUAUUUAUUUUUUGCCUCGUAAUAUAAUACAUCAAUUUCGUACGGUUACUGCUGUUACCAGUAUUGCUUGGCAUGUUCGUCUACAACAGUAUUAUGAUAUACCUGAACAACCAGUAGACAUAAUGGAAGACCAAACACAGGAAAAGGACGCAAAAAUUAAAGUUAAAAUUGAGAAACAAAAUCAUAAAAUCUUCUCGAAACCUACUUCAGACACAAAACUGAAAUUAAACGAUAACGGAAAAGUACAUAUAAUUAAAAACGAAGAAAAGGAUGAGCUGAAAAAGAAAAGCAGUGAGGGAAGGCCAACAGAUCAUAGAGAGAAAGAAAAUUGCGAAAGUAAAACAAAAUCGGAGUAUAAACAUCGAUCUUCUGACAGGUCCAAGGAUGAUAGAAUUAACAAACAUAGACAUGAUCAUAAUAGGGAACAUAAGGAUAAAAAACACGACAAAAGUACACAUCAUCGACACAAAGAUAAACACAGAGAGCAUAAGAGGGAUAGUGGCCACAGAGACAGGGAGAAGAGCUCUUCCAGCAAUAGUUCUAGCAAGCACCAUCAUCGCGAUCGUGAUUACGAUAAGAAACACCAUAAAUAUAACGAUCAAUAUAAAAAUAGUGUACAAGAGAAAAAAGUCAAUCCUGAAUCAUUCACAAAGCCCGAGUCUUCGCCGAUGGAGAAAAACUAUUCACCAACUACUAAAAGCUGCGUUUUCAACGAACCAGUAUCAUCAUUGCCCACAUCAGGAACAUGCCUAAUAACACCGGUAAGUAGUUUAGAGAAUUCACCUGAAAAAAAAAUAAAAAAGGCCGCAAAAAUUAUAAGAAGGCCUAGGUUGUCUCAGUCUUCAGACGUUCUCGGUGAUAUUCUAAAAGACAUGGACCGCAAAGAUCCCUUAAAAUAGUUGGGGCUGUGCUUCGUACAUUUUAUAUGCAUAUAUAUAUAUUAUUACUCAUCAGCUGUAUAUAUUCAUCGCUAAACAUUUUAACUUUCUUAAAUAGUUUAUUAAUUUAUUUUCAAACGUAUCGUUAUCUACGUUUUGUAUAUAAAAAAUUCAUUCAAUAUUGAUGUCAACGCAAGUAUGAAUGACAAAAAUUAUUACGGUUUUUCUUAUUACGGAUUAUAAUCGAUUUUUUUUUAUUUUUGACAAGGACUGAUAAAAUUUUAACUUUUAAAUAGUUUGUCUUGCCAUAUUUCCGGAAAACAGAAGUUUUAAAUGGAGUAUAUUUUUAUUUUAGUAGCUUUUUAACAGCUAAUGUAUUUAAAAAAUUAUUUUCUUUUUAUUCUUAUUAGAAGUGCACAGUAAUAUUUUUAACUUCUAUCAGAUUUUGAUGUGUAUAAUUCAUAAUUUAAAGAAUUAACGACUUUUUUGUUGUCUAGCUUUCAUUUGUCGCUACUUAUAUUCGAUCUCAUCAAUUAGAAAAAAAGUUGAUUUUGAUGAUUAUUACAAAUGUAUUUCACACCUAUGUUAAAAAUCAUCUAAAUUUACCACUGUAUAUAGUGUAAAAGUAAUUCUGUACAGUUUUUUACAUAGUAACGUUAUUGUAUAAAACUAAAGAUAUAAGAUUGUUAGAAAAUUAGACUAUAUUACAGCUAUAUUUUCGUAUUACACUGUCAGAAUUUAUUUACUUUAGGCUAUUUAAAAUGUUUUUCUAUAGUUUACAAGUUUUUAUUUUCACAAAGAAAAUAUUGGUAACUACAUAUAUAUAAAAGCGUUCACCCUCCAAAUUGAUUUUUUCAUUGUGAAUAUUUUUCUCAAAUUUAAAUGUGCUUGGCUAAUUCAGGAAAAUGUUUGCGUUUUACUAGAUUUCGGAACGAAAAAAUGUAACAUUCCCAUAUCCAUUUGUUGACCUUGACCCCAAGUUUACAAAGGAAGCCCUUUCCAUUUCCUGUUACGUUAUAUUUUUGACUCCUAUUCCUGCUGGACCCGGAUCCUAACUUACAACAUUCUCCUUGUGGGGGGCUGUGGUUAUUGUGAUGUGCCCUUUUUAACGUCCUCCAUUAAUAUGAAACUUCGUUUCUUAUUGAUGGCGAAGAAACAAGCUUUUAAUUUUUGAAGACGACACUGAGAGAAAUUAUUUCCUGGAUUAACCUGCUUCUAAGGAAAGGUAGAAGUUUGCAUUUUUUAAAACGCUAUUUUAUCAUAAAUAAGUAAAAAAAAAUAUGGUUCCCUGACUUGUGAAAACCAUUUCAGUAUUAAAUAUUUUAAUAAGUGCUUUUAUGCAUACAUAUACUUUAUAUUUGAAUGAUGAAUACUGAAAUGGUUGGGCGUAUUACGAGGUAUUUAUUUUGUUCAAAUAAUUAAGUUAUACCAUCAUCGCCUAUGAGAAGUGAGCACAUAUUAAUUAAAAGUACAGUAGAUAAUUUUAAAUUACCAUCAGAAGUUUCUUAACCCCAUAUUUUUUUGCUUAACGACACUAAUAUUAGCAAAACUGAUUGGUUUGCAAAAUUAUUAUUUUACAACCCAUCUUACAUUCCAGUCAGUUUAUAUGUUGCAUCGUAAUUCUCAACAAUAAAAGAUAAUUUAUUUUGUUUGUUUUUAUAAACUUCUAAAAGUUUUUAAAUAAGUGGCAUACAUAAAAUACAUAAGUAAAUUUGCAAGUAGUUUGCCUUUUGAUAAAAACAGUAGAAAAAAAAACAAUUAUCUCAUUUUCGUGCUCAUUAUAAACCUGUCGACCUAACCUUUGCAUCUUAAAAUAUUUUAUGCAUAUUAAAAAGUCAUGUUACAAUAUGCCUAAUGUGAUUUGAUCACGGAAAGAUACGUAUUUAAUUAAAUAUUUUAAUUUAAUUAGAUUAAGUUCAUAUUAGUUUAAAAAAGUAAAUAAAAAAAUGAUUCAUUUAAAUGCAUUGAAAGUUAUAUUUGGUUACCUGUAUGUAAAAACAACUUGACAAUAUGUAAUUCUAGAGCAAACAAAAAGAAAAAUUACAUUUUAUAUUUGUUCUGUAUGUAUUCAUUGUUUGAACAUACAGUCAAUCAAUUGUAUUCACAACCAGUAUGGUCGCAGAUUUUGUAGCUAUCUCACAUAUGAGAUAUAUUCCUAUUUGAUAGAACAAAAUUUUCAAUAGCUAG